GUGCCUAUCAGUCGAUGCAGGGCCGUGUUCUAAGCUGCAAAGACAGUUCCUACAAACCCACUACACUCCACAAUCUCACUCAAAACCCCAGACGCAAACGAAAUGGACACACGAAAGGAAAGCGACGAGAAAUCGGUCGUCAUCACCGAAGCCGUGCGCGCGUCCUCGUCUGCCUCGCGUACAGACCAGGACUCGGCCUCGGUGGUGAAGCUGCAGGAGCAGGAGCAGCCCCAGCGCACUGCGGUCGGCAACGCUCUCAGCUAUCUCAAUCCGUUUGCGGUUCGGUAUAUCCCGCCGAUUCCUGACCGGCCGGGUGUAACGCCCGAAGCGACGGCGAAUAGACUGAGCAAGAUAUAUUUUGUCUGGAUGAACAAGCUUAUGAAGACCGGAUACGCACGUCCGCUGGUAGAGAAUGAUAUCCCGCUAGUCGAAGACCGCAAACGGUCGUCUCCCAUGACCGAUCGUUUCCAAGCAAAUUUCGAUGCCCGAGUCGCCAAAGGCCAGCGCAAGAACGUGCUUCUGACCGCGUUACUCGACACCUUCCCCUUCGAGGUCUGGUACUCCAUGACCGCGCGCAUCAUCGUCGACAUCAUCUGGAUGACGGCCCCCCAGCUCUCCCGCAGAAUCAUCUACCAGGUCUCGGACGCGUACAAGGCCAAGCUCAACGGAACCCAGCAGCCCCCUGUCGGACACGGCGUCGGCAUGGUGAUCGGUCUCGCGCUGCUCUUACUCGUCUCAUGUGUCUUCCAGCAGCAGUUUUUCUACUACGCCGGUCUGGCGGGCUCGCAGUCCCGAACGGUCUUGAUCAACGCGCUCUAUCGCAAAUCGCUCAAGCUCUCGAAUCGCUCGCGCAUCGAGUACACAAACGGCAGAAUCACAAACCUGAUGUCGACAGAUACCUACCGCGUCGAGUUUUGCUGCAUGUUUGUCGAGCACUUGCUUGACGCGCCUAUCCCUCUGAUUAUCUGUCUCAUCUUGCUGCUCGUCAACAUCGGUGUCUCGUCGCUUUGCGGAUUUGCGCUGCUUGUCGUUGCCUCGCCCGCGCUCGGAAAUAUCACGCGCGUGAUUGCCCGCCGACGACUUCGGUCGACCGUGUUCACCGACCAGCGCAUCCGAUUGAUCCAAGAACUCCUUCAAAACAUGCGCAUCAUCAAGUUCUUCGCGUGGGAAAACGCCUACAUCAAACGGCUGUACUCGAUCCGCGUGAAGGAAAUCAAGCUCGUGCGCUACGUCCUCGUUCUCCGAUCAGCGAUCUUUGCAAUCAGUAUCACGCUCCCGGUCUUUGCCUCAAUGAUCUCGUUCGUCAUCCUCUCAGUCACAGGACACAACCUCGACCCGGCCAAAGUGUUUGCCAGUCUGUCGCUGUUCAACAUGCUGCGUAUUCCGCUCAUGGUCAUCCCGCUUGGUUUGACGACCGGGACGGAUGCGUACGUUGCGCUGCAGCGGAUUGAGAAGAUGUUGAUGGCGGGCGAGCUCGAGAGCGAGGUUACGUCAGACAAGGAUCUGGACUGCGCGAUUUCGAUCAAUAAUGCCUCGUUUGUAUGGGAGGCUGAGACUGAGGAGGAAGCUCUUGCUGCGGACGCGAAGAAGGCUGCGGACGAGAAGAACGCGCGAAAGAAAGGGUUCUUUUCGCGACGUAGCAAGGCGGCGAAAGCCAAAGAGGCUGAGGAGGAGAAAGAAAAUCAGCUUCGAAGGACGAUUAGUGCUGAAACUGCCAGUCUUGCCGGGAUCGAGAUCGACGCAGAAGCAGAGCACGAGGUCAGUCAUGAGUUGAAGCCGAUUGACGAAGUCAUGGAUGACUCUGAGGACGACGAGAAAACUGAGUUUACCGGUCUGCAUAAUCUCAACUUGAAAGUGAAGCCCGGAGAGCUUGUUGUCAUCACCGGAUUCAUUGGGUCGGGAAAAACGUCUCUGCUGGCUGCAUUGGUGGGAGAGAUGCGUCAGACCGGUGGAUCAGUCAAGAUGGGCGGAACGGUUGCGUACUGUCCUCAGCCGUGGAUUCAAAACUCCACUUUACGAGAGAACAUCCUUUUUGGUCGCGAUUUUGACGAGGAAAAAUACGCAAACGUGAUCAAAGGAUGUGCGCUCGAACACGACCUGGCCGUCCUUCCCGCGGGCGACCAGACCGAGAUUGGCGAGCGCGGAAUCAACAUCUCGGGCGGCCAAAAGUCGCGGAUCACGCUCGCUCGGGCGGCGUACUACGGCGCCGAGAUUGUGUUGCUGGACGACGUUUUGUCGGCGGUGGAUCCGCAUGUGGGAAGGCAUUUGGUUGAGCAGUGUAUUUGCGGGUUGCUGAGGGAUUCGACGAGGUUGCUGGCUACGCACCAGCUUCAUGUUCUGCCGCAUGCGGACCGGAUUAUUUUCAUGAACGGCACCGGAGGGUUUGAUGUUGGCACUUAUGACGAGUUGCUUGUGGCGUGUCCGAAGUUCGCAGAGUUGAUUCAAUAUGGAUCGUCAAAGAAUAGUGAAGAGGAGGAGGAGGAGGAAGAGGAAGCGCCUCCCGCUGCUGCUGAGAAGAAGGACGCAGAUGGUGAAAAGAUAGAAGAGGAGAAGGAAGACGAAGUUGAGCAAAAGAAGAAAGGCGCGACGCUGAUGAACAAAGAAGAGCGUCAAAGCGAAAACGUCUCGUGGACCGUCUAUCGCGAGUACUUCAAAGCCGCGGGCGGGAAAUACGUCGGCUGGGCUGUUGCCCCGAUGAUUGUCGGAGUCGCGAUCCUGGCUUCGGGCACGCAGAUUUUGACAAAUCUCUGGCUGUCGUACUGGACGCAGGAUAAGUUCUCGCUCUCGAAGGGUCAGUAUAUUGGAUUGUUUGUCGCGUUUGGUGUUAUUUGUGCGAUUCUGUACUUUUUGCUUGGAUUCUCAAUCACAUAUGCCGGUGCGAAUGCAUCAGUGUCUAUGAAUAUGACUGCUACAGAGAAAGUGAUACAGGCGCCAAUGGCAUUCUUCGAUACGUCACCGCUAGGUCGGAUCAUGAACCGCUUCUCGAAUGACGUGGAGUCGAUGGACAACACGCUUAUCGAUGCCUAUCGGCAAUACCUGAUGACGAUGAGUUCUAUUUGCGGAAUCCUGAUUUUGAUCAUCGCGUACUUCCACUACUUUGCGAUUGCGCUCGCGCCGAUGAUAUUCUUGUACAUUGUGGCGACGAUGUACUACCGCGCGUCAGCCGUCGAUAUCAAGCGGAUGGACUCGAACGCGCGUUCAGCCGUGUUUUCACACUUCUCCGAGACAUUGACGGGUCUGACCUCUGUACGCGCGUAUAACGAGCAGUCAAGAUUUUCGCUAAAAAUGGAAAAGGCGCUAGACGAGAUGAAUCGGUUUUCGUAUCUGCUUGUCGGCAACCAGCGAUGGCUGUCGGUACGGCUGGAGUCGAUUGCGAUCUGCCUCGUGUUUAUCACGGGCAUGCUUGCGGUGUCGGCCAAGUUCAACGUCGGGGCGGCGUCGUUGGGACUGGUGCUCUCGUACUGCAUGUCGCUGUCGAUGCAGAUGUCGAUGGUGAUCAAGCAGUUGGCUGACGUGGAGAACUUCAUGAACGCGGCCGAGCGGAUUUACUACUACAUGACGAAUCUCCCGUCCGAGGCAGCGUACGAGAUCGAGGAAGCUAAACCCCGGGCGACGUGGCCAGAGAAAGGCGCGAUAGAGAUGAAAGAGGUCGUGCUGCAGUACCGACCGGGUCUUCCGAAAGUAUUACGUGGCCUGGAUUUGAUGAUCGAGGGAGGUCAGAAGAUUGGCAUCUGUGGCCGCACGGGAGCGGGCAAGAGUUCGAUUAUGGUGGCGCUCUACAGACUUGCGGAACUCACCGGAGGCCAGGUUUUGAUUGACGGGGUCGAUAUCUCAAAGAUCGGACUGCACGACCUGCGGUCAAAACUCGCGAUUAUUCCGCAGGACCCCGUGCUAUUCCGCGGCACGAUCAGAACCAACCUCGACCCGUUCAAUAUCUACUCUGAUGCCGAGCUCUGGGACGCGCUGCGCAGGGCUGGCUUGCUGGGAGACGACGCGGCGGGGAAUUUGUCUGCGGCGCACGAAAGCGAGAAUGGUAAUGGCGCAGCCGCACCAUCAUCGCCCGACGCGCACGUCAACAGCACGAAAAAGGACGGUGAUGUGGCCUCAGGCGCGGCCGGCGCUGGAGCAGCUGCUGCUGCGAGCCCGAUAGGAAAGUUCCAGUUAGACUCGCCGGUCGAUGACGAAGGCUUGAACUUUUCGCUAGGCGAGCGACAGCUGCUGGCACUUGCGCGUGCGCUGGUGAGAAACUUCCAGAUCCUCGUGCUGGACGAGGCCACGUCGUCUGUAGACUACCAGACCGACGCGAAGAUCCAGGAGAUCAUUGUGCGCGAGUUUGCGCACUGCACGAUUCUGUGCAUCGCGCACCGGCUGAAGACUAUUAUUAACUACGACCGGAUCCUGGUGCUCGACGCGGGCAAGGUGGCUGAGUUCGGGGCCCCUCUCGAGCUAUACGAACGCGAGGAGAGUAUAUUCCGGGGGCUGUGCUUGAAGUCGAAGAUCACGACGGAAGACUUUGGGAGCGGACGAAGAUGAGUCACGAAGAGAAGGGGUUCAGAGGAAGAUGAGCGAUUUACGUGCCUGCAGCGACUUUGACUAAUAGUUCGGACGCAGCACUGCAGCACUGAUCUACGUUAACUAAUCACGAUUAAUAACAUUACGUAACCAUGCGAGCAAUUAAACUGAGCCCGAGUCGGAGUCGGGCGCUUUCGAGUCUCCGUCCGAAUGGGCGGCGAACCUAACCCUCGCACAAGUGGCCCAAACCGGUUAGCGUUGAGAGCUCGCUUGCGGAUGCGACGACCAGCGCGAGGCCGCGCGUCCUCUGCGCACA